AUGUCUUCAGUAUUAUUUGAUCUUAUUCUUGUUUGGUCUUCCCAAGAAUCUGAUGCCGAUUAUUUGGAAUUACAAAAUUUGCUGAAGACUGAAUUUCCUAAUGAAUUUCUUAUUCAUUCAUUUACCACAACAAAACAAGCAAUUGAACAUGUUCAAUCAAUAAAAAAACCUUCUCGAUUAUCAAUCGUAAUUACAAAAUUAGGUACCAAUGAAGAAACAUCAAGUAAACCAUUAAUUGAAGCCAUUCGUUCACAUGAUAAACAUACUUUCAUUAUACUUCACUCUUGUACAGCGUGUCGUGAUCCGAAUAUUCGAUGGUCUUUUGCUUCUCUCGGUGUUAAUAUGAUAACAGAAACUAUCAAACCAAUUCGUGAUGUAUUUCAACAAUUAAUUCCAUUAGCUCAACCAAGUUCCAAAUCAAAAUAUGCCUGUCUUUAUUGUAAAUGGCCAUCAUUUUCACUUGAACAACUUUGUAUUCAUGUUCCACUUUAUCAUACAAAUGAACAAGAAUUUUCUGUUAAAUGUAAUUUGUGUCAACGACCAACACAUAAUUAUGCUGUACAUUUACAUGACGAACACAGCCCAGAACAACACCCACGAUCAAUAGCAGGACCGUUAUAUGCAUUUUCUUUAGUUGUAUGUCGACGCAAACGUGAUAACUGUUUUCUUGUUGUUCAAGAAUCCGGUUCGAUGGGUUUUUGGUUACCUGGAGGUCGUGUUGAACUAGGAGAACAGCUUGACAAAGCAGCUGAACGUGAAACAUUGGAAGAAGCAGGUGUUAAAAUAAGAUUGACUGGAGUAUUAAAAAUUGAAUUCAUACCACGAAGUGAUUCGAAUCGUCUUCGCAUAAUUUUCUUUGCGGAACCUGCUGAUGAAAAUGAUUGCGAACCGAAAACUAUACCUGAUUAUGAAAGGUUAGCUCAUAUUUUUUCAUUGAAACUUAAUGCUUGUUACGGAGCUAUGUGGUUAACAUAUGAACAAACAGUUCAAUGUAGCACACAAGGUCAAUUACGUGGUAAUGAACCAUUAAAAUGGUUUAAAUAUAUUGCACAAGAUGGCAUAAUACAUCCGUUAAGUAUACUUUCAAAAAAUGAACUAUAA